UCACACGACGGAGGUCGCUCUUGCUUGCCUUACGGCGGCCGCUGGUUCGUGUUGCUGUUAUAGCCUUUAUCGUGACUCCUGCCUGUCAGGCUGAGCCAAUAGGCUGAAGGUUCUCUGUGUGCGCGUUGGUGGUGGGGCUGCUCCUUCCCACACCUCUUUCUCUCUCACACUCGAGUCGGUGGGGCAGGCGGCUGGUGCGUUGCUGCUAGGGACCGGAGAGCGCGCAGCGCGGCUACUGAAGCAAUAGGCUGUUGGGUUUGAUCCCGCCCAGAACACUUCAGUUUUGCUCUGCAAGGAUAUAUAAUCGUUCCAUUUACAAGUCUAAAAAUAAAAGGUAGUGAUGGAGACUGAACAGCAAGAGGAGACCUUUACCAACACAGAGACAAAUGGAAAACGUCCUGCAGAAGAUAUGGAAGAAGAACAGGCUUUCAAAAGAUCUCGCAACACUGAUGAAAUGGUAGAACUGCGCAUCCUGCUUCAGAGCAAAAAUGCUGGAGCAGUGAUUGGAAAAGGUGGCAAAAAUAUUAAGGCACUUCGUACAGACUACAAUGCCAGUGUUUCAGUCCCAGACAGCAGUGGCCCCGAGCGCAUAUUGAGUAUAAGUGCAGAUAUUGAAACAAUUGGAGAGAUUUUGAAGAAAAUUAUCCCUACCUUAGAAGAGUACCAGCACUACAAAGGAAGUGACUUUGACUGCGAGCUAAGGCUGUUGAUUCACCAAAGUCUGGCAGGAGGAAUUAUUGGCGUCAAGGGUGCUAAAAUCAAAGAACUCCGAGAGAACACUCAGACCACCAUUAAACUUUUUCAAGAAUGCUGUCCUCAUUCCACAGACAGAGUGGUGCUUAUUGGUGGAAAGCCUGAUAGAGUUGUGGAAUGCAUCAAGAUCAUCCUGGAUCUUAUAUCAGAGUCUCCAAUCAAAGGACGGGCACAGCCAUAUGAUCCCAAUUUCUAUGAUGAAACAUAUGACUAUGGUGGCUUCACAAUGAUGUUUGAUGAUAGAAGGGGACGUCCUGUAGGAUUUCCAAUGCGUGGAAGGGGAGGCUUUGAUCGAAUGCCUCCUGGUCGUGGUGGGCGUCCCAUGCCUCCAUCAAGAAGAGAUUAUGAUGACAUGAGCCCUCGCAGAGGGCCCCCUCCUCCUCCUCCAGGUCGUGGUGGCAGAGGUGGUAGCAGAGCACGUAAUCUUCCUCUUCCUCCUCCUCCACCUCCUCGUGGCGGAGAUCUUAUGUCUUAUGACCGGAGGGGCAGACCUGGAGACCGUUAUGAUGGAAUGAUGAUGCAAUGUCAUGUGGAUGCCUGUGAUGACAUACAACCACCAGAAUUGUUUGAGGGUGGGUCUGGAUAUGACUAUUCUUAUGCAGGGGGUCGUGGAUCAUACGGUGAUCUCGGUGGACCCAUCAUCACAACACAAGUAACGAUUCCCAAAGAUUUGGCUGGAUCUAUUAUUGGGAAAGGAGGUCAGAGGAUCAAACAAAUACGUCAUGAAUCAGGGGCUUCGAUCAAAAUUGAUGAACCUUUAGAAGGCUCAGAAGACCGGAUAAUAACUAUUACAGGCACACAGGAUCAGAUACAGAAUGCACAGUAUUUACUGCAGAACAGUGUGAAGCAGUAUGCAGAUGUUGAAGGAUUCUAAUGCAAGAUAUUUUUUCUUUUUUAUAGUGUGAAGCAGUAUUCUGGAAAGUUUUUCUAAGACUAGUGAAGAACUGAAGGAGUCCUGCAUCUUUUUUUUUUUAUCUGCUUCUGUUUAAAAAGCCAACAUUCCUCUGCUUCAUAGGUGUUCUGCAUUUGAGGUGUAGUGAAAGCUUUGCUGUCCACCAGAUGUAAUGUUUUAGUUCCUUACAAAUAUAGGGGGGGAAACGGGGUGGCGCGUGAGACUAACAUUGGAAUUUUGAAGCAGCAGCAGAGAGAGUGGUUUUUAUUUUUGUUAGUUGGUGGUAAUCUGUAAUGUUUUUCUGUAACUAUUGUGAACACCCUGCUUUAUGUACACUGUAUUUUUUUUUUGAAGGGGGAGAAUAUUAGUAGUCCACAUGUUCCUGACAUCCAUUCAGAGCAGUGUGCAGAAUGUAAUGCUCUUUUGUAAGAAAUGUUUUAUGAUUUUUAAAAUAAAUUUAGUGAAUCUAUACUUGGUUGUCAUUUUUUUAGAUAUUCAUGAAGGUAAUAUCUAAAGUCGAUGCUCUUUUUUGCCUCCCCCUCCCCCCUGCAAGAAAUUGUAAUUGAAAAUUGCUGUUAAGUUCUUCUGCUUCUGAUAUAGACGUGUGUUUUGGCAAAUUAAAGGAUAUUGAUGAAAAUACCAUGAUUCAAAGCUUUGCUGCUUGGGAAUAAAUUGCAACAUAUGCAAAAGUUGGGUUGGGUUUGGGUUUGUUGCAAGUGUUUGCCCCUAUUUACCUGAUUUGCAGCACAUUUGUCUAUAUUACUGACUGUAUGUGAAUAAAAUCUUUAAAACCUUGUGAUAUCCGAGUUACAAUGGUAGAUUCCAGCUGAAGUCUGGUCAUUGACAGCCUUGCUGUAUCAAAUAACACUGUUAUAGAGAUGAAAGACGGUGUACCUCUAAUAAAUACAUUUUGAAUGUUUUCACAUCUUUCAAUUGUAUGAGGUAGACAUUUUUAAAUGGCAAUUUGAUAGAUACUCUGUAACUUGUACAAAUAUCCUGGUUUUUCAUUGUAUACAGGCUUAUAUGAAACACUUGUAUUGUUUCCCUGUUGAAUGUUGGAUUAUGUAGGAAACAGUUGUGAGAAAUUCAAAAAAUGGUAAAAGUACCUCCUGGAUAUCUCAUGUACCUUGGCAUUUGUAUUGAUAGUUUACAAGUUUUAAUUUCACUUCCUAAAUAAAAAUAAAUUGAAAAAACGCACCCACCUUACAC